GGGGGUCACGUGACGGGCCGGGCCGACUCUGCCGCCGCCGCCGCUUUGUAAGAGGCACAUUGGCAGGUAACGAGCGGCGGCGGCGGCGGCGGCGGCGGCGGCGGGUCCCGAGUCCAGCGAGAGCGGCAGCGAUUUUCUAUUUUGUGCAUACGUUAUUUUGUAUAUACUGUAUAUGAUGACUUCGGUGAGCAGUGACCGGUCCAGAGGUGCUCGGGAAAAACCACAGAUUUCAGCGACACAGGCAACACAACUACAGAAACAAGUGGUACAGGCAACAGCUGAACAGAUGCGUCUUGCUCAAGUGAUCUUUGAUAAAAAUGAUUCAGAGUUUGAAGCUAAAGUUAAACAGCUUAUGGAGGUGACAGGAAAAAAUCAGGAUGAAUGCAUCGUGGCUCUACAUGACUGUAAUGGAGAUGUCAACAAAGCUAUCAACAUAUUGCUGGAGGGAAAUUCAGACACUACUUCAUGGGAGACUGUAGGAGGGAAGAAGAAGAAUUUUGGGAAAGAAAGUUCAGAAAACAAAGAGAAUAGAGAGAAGAGAAGUGAGAGAGAAGUGAGCCGUGGACGUGGAAACAACAGCCGGAAAGUAAGAGGUGGCAGUCGCGGGAGAGAGUUUAGAGGUGAAGAGAAUGGAAUUGAUUGCAAUCAAGGGGACAAGCCUUCAGAUCGAGGCAAGCGAGCUCGUGGUAGAGGAUUUGGGCGUGGCAGAGGGAGAUGGGCAGGAAGAUUCUCAACCCAAGGCAUGGGGACAUUUAAUCCUGCGGACUAUUCAGAUUCUCCAUCUAUAGAUGGGUGUGGGACAAAACCAGUAGUUUGGGAAGCUGCUCAGAAUGGUGCAGAUGAGGGAACUGAACUGGCAUCAGAUGUUCAAAAUGUAGUUCAGAAUCUGCCAAACAAAAAUUCUUUUGGAAUCAAAGGGGCCUGGAAGAAUUCUGUGGAAGAGUGGACAGCGGAAGACUGGACUGAAGAUGUAAGUGUUCAGCAUCAGCUUUCGGAAACAAAAGUCUUCACUUCCUCAUCUGUUCCAGCAGAGAAUCAUGUCACACCUGGGCAAAGUGUUGAUCUGGUAGCCUUGCUCCAGAAGCCUGUUCCUCCCAGUCAAGCCCCAGAAGUCAACUCCUUUGAAGCUUCCCAACAGCAGAGCUUUGGCCAAGCCCUUGUCUUCACGAACUCUCAGCACAACAAUCAGAUGGCACCAGGGACUGGCGGCUCCGCUGCUGUCAACUCCUAUCCACCUCAGAGUUUGUCAUCCGUCCUUGGUUCAGGAUUUGGAGAGCUUGCCCCUUCAAAAAUGGCGAACAUUACCAGCUCCCAGAUUUUGGACCAGUUGAAAGCUCCGAGUUUGGGCCAGUUUACCACCACCUCAAGUUCACAGCAAAAUAGUACGAGUUCUCCCACAACCACUUCUUCUUGGGACCUCAAGCCUCCAGCCUCCCAGUCCUCAGUCCUUAGUCAUUUUGACUUCAAAUCUCAGCCUGAACCAUCCCCUGUUCUUAGCCAGUUGAGCCAACGGCAGCAGCACCAGACUCAGGCCGUCACUGUUCCUCCUCCUGGGUUGGAGUCCUUUCCUUCCCAGGUGAAGCUCCGAGAGGCAGCACCCAGAGACAGCAGUACCUCCACUGUGAACAAACUCCUGCAGCUUCCCAGCAUGACUGUCGAAAACAUUGCUGUGUCUGCUCACCAACCACAGCCCAAACACAUCAAGCUCCCCAAGUCUCGGCGAAUACCUCCAGCUUCUAAGAUCCCAGCUUCUGCAGUGGAAAUGCCUGGAUCAGCAGAUGUCACAGGAUUAAAUGUCCAGUUUGGCGCCUUGGAAUUUGGAUCAGAACCUUCUCUCUCUGAAUUUGGAUCAGCUGCAAGCAGUGAAAAUAGUAGCCAGAUUCCCAUUAGCUUGUAUUCAAAAUCUUUAAGUGAUUCUUUGAAUACCUCCCUACCAAUGACCAGUGCAGUACAGAACUCCACCUACACAACUUCCGUCAUUACCUCCUCCAGUCUGACCAGCUCCUCGUUGAGCUCCACUAGUCCAGUAGCAACGUCUUCCUCCUACGACCAGAGUUCUGUGCAUAGCAGGAUCGCAUACCAAAGCUCUGUGAGUCCGUCGGAGUCAGCUCCAGGAACCAUCACGAAUGGACAUGGUGGUAGUCGAAGUCAGCAGACAGUAGACACUACUUCAUCCGUUCCAGCUCCAAAGACAACAGACCCUCCUUCUGCCCUCCCGUCUGUGGCCUCCUUGCCCAGCACCACCUCCUGCGCUCCGCUUCUGCCCCCUGCAUCCCAGCACACUGCCACUCUGCCCUCCCUGUCCCAGCCCGGGGACCUGUCCAGCAGUCCCCUCUCUCAGCUCAGCAGCUCCCUCUCCAGCCACCAGAGCAGCCUCGCCUCCACGCACACGCCGCUCUCAGCCAGCACAUCCCACACACAUCCCAGCGUGGACAGUGCCCCCUCCCUACAGCCCUCGGCCACCUUCUCAACGGCAGCAACUUCCGCCUCGAGCGCCGUGUCCUCAGGGCUCAGCUUGCCGAGCGGCAUGAACACAGUCAACAGCCUGUGCCUGGGCAGUGCCCCCGGGAGUGCCCCCAGCAGCGGUGCCAGGGCUGCGCCUUUGAUGACCUCAGGCAAAGCGCCCCCCAACCUGCCCCAGGGGGCGCCGCCCCUGCUGCACAGCCAGUACCUCGUGGGCCCCGGAGGACUGCUCCCUGCCUACCCGAUCUACGGCUAUGACGAGCUCCAGAUGCUGCAGUCACGGCUGCCAGUGGAUUACUAUGGGAUCCCUUUCGCUACACCCCCAGCCCUUGCCAGUCGAGAUGGGAGCCUCACCAGUAACCCAUAUUCAGGUGAUGUCACCAAGUUCGGCCGAGGUGACUCUGCGUCCCCCGCACCGCCCACCACCCUGGCUCAGCCCCAGCAGAGCCAGUCCCAGGCCCACCACGCGGCUCAGCAGCCCUUCCUGAACCCCGCCCUGCCGCCCGGCUACAGCUACACCGGCCUCCCCUACUACACGGGCCUGCCCGGUGCCUUCCAGUACGGGCCCGCCAUGUUUGUGCCCCCGGCCUCAGCCAAGCAGCACGGGGUGAGCCUCAGCACCGCCGCCACGCCCUUCCAGCAGGCCAGCGGAUACGGCCAGCACAGCUACAGCACCGGUUAUGACGACCUGACCCCGGGCACCGCAGCGGGAGACUACAGCAAGGGUGGCUAUGGUGGAUCAUCCCAGACGCAGAACAAGGCUGCAGGCUCUGGGCCUGGCAAAGGAGUGUCGGCGACUUCAAGCACCUCCGGCCUCCCUGAUAUGACUGGGUCUGUCUACAACAAGACUCAGACGUUUGACAAGCAGGGAUUCCAUGCAGGGACUCCACCCCCGUUCAGCCUGCCCUCGGCCUUGGGCUCCACCGGGCCCCUGGGCCCUGGAGCGGCGCCCGGGUACGCGCCCCCACCGUUCCUGCACAUCCUGCCUGCCCACCAGCAGCCUCCCUCACAGCUGCUGCACCACCACCUCCCGCAGGACGCGCAGAGCGGCUCCAGCCAGCGCAACCAGCCCAGCUCCCUGCAGCCCAAGUCGCAAGCCUCCAAACCUGCCUACGGCAACUCUCCAUACUGGACAAACUGAACCCUGAAGUGGGGUGGGCUGGGUGGGCUUCCCCUGGGCAGGAGAAAACACAUGGAGCCCAUUUCUCUGGGAGCCCGGCGCCCUCUCCUCGAAUUCCUGAGACAUGUAACUGUGUCAGCCGAGCCUCUGUGGGGGAGCCUGCCUCCCAGACUCGCUGUUGUAUGUAAUGUAUUUAUGUAUGUAUUUGUAAAUGUGAUCCAAGUCCUGGGGGACUGGGGAGCAGCUGCCCCUCUCCCCACUGAAGCCCCCUCCCCUCUGCCUCAGGCCUUCUCCAUAGCCGCCCACACGGGCAGUGCUGGAAGGGCUGCCUUAGGGCAGUUGGGGUACCAGGGUCAGGUACCAAUGAAGAAUCACGACUUAUCUCGCCUCCUUGUAAACCUAUUUGAGUUUCUGUCCCUGUGUAAUUACUUUCUCCCUCACUUUUUGAGAAACUGGUCCUUUUGUCAUUUGUCAUGUUCCCCUCCCUCCAAAUCUUGAUCUGGGAAUAGCAGAGAUACAUCCCCCACCCAACAUGAAAGUGGCACCUGUUUGUCUCCAUAGAGAGCAGAGGCGUCUGGUCUUGUCCCCAGACUUGCCUUCCUCUGGCUGACCAUUCUUAAUUCUGAAUUUGCGCUCAGAUAUUCAGCCAGUCAGCUCCCCCCAUUAAAAAAAAAUCAGAUAUGCUUUCAUUUCGGUGAGAGCACAUCUUCAGCAAAGGCUCCUCUAUUCCAGUUGUCCUGAACCAGGAGGGCGACUAUUUCGGAGGUUUUCUCUUUUGCCCAAACUCCACCUAAUAAAGUUCUGAGAGCAUG